AUGAUUAACUUUAAAACACUUAUAUUUUUGGCUUUAUGCACCACGAUAUUGGCUUUACCUGUUCUUGAUGACAUUGAUAAUGAUGUUGUCACUGUAACUACUUACGAAUAUUCUGUACAUGAAAGUUAUGAAAUUGACGAUGGUGGUCAUGAAGUAGUAUCUGAAAGCAGUGCACACGAAAGCCAUGAUAUCAUUUCAAGUGGUCAAAGUGGCGGAAGUCAUGAUCAUUUAAGCCACAGUCAUGAAAGUCUUGGUCAGGAAAGCCACAGUCAUAGUAGUCACGAACAUGGAAGCCAUGAAGUGAACGGUGGCGGUCACGGAAAUAAUGGUCAUGGUCAUGGAAGUCACGAACAUGGAAGCCAUGAAGUCAACGGUGGCGGUCACGGAAAUAAUGGUCAUGGUCAUGGAAGCCACGAAGUGAACGGUGGCGGUCACGGAAAUAAUGGUCAUGGUCAUGGAAGCCACGAAGUGAACGGUAGCGGUCACGGAAAUAACGGUCAUGGUCAUGGAAGCCACGAACAUGGAAGCCACGAAGUGAAUGGCGGCGGUCACGGAAAUAAUGGUCAUGGACAUGGAAGUCACGAACAUGGAAGCCAUGAAGUCAACGGUGGCGGUCACGGAAAUAAUGGUCAUGGUCAUGGAAGCCACGAAGUGAACGGUGGCGGUCACGGAAAUAAUGGUCAUGGUCAUGGAAGUCACGAACAUGGAAGCCAUGAAGUCAACGGUGGCGGUCACGGAAAUAAUGGUCAUGGUCAUGGAAGCCACGAAGUGAACGGUGGCGGUCACGGAAAUAAUGGUCAUGGUCAUGGAAGUCACGAACAUGGAAGCCAUGAAGUCAAUGGUGGCGGUCACGGAAAUAAUGGUCAUGGUCAUGGAAGUCACAAACAUGGAAGCCAUGAAGUGAACGGUGGCGGUCACGGAAAUAAUGGUCAUGGUCAUGGAAGUCACGAACAUGGAAGCCAUGAAGUCAACGGUGGCGGUCACGGAAAUAAUGGACAUGGUCAUGGAAGCCACGAAGUGAACGGUGGCGGUCACGGAAAUAAUGGUCAUAGUCAUGGAAGCUACAAACAUGGGAGCCAUGAAGUGAAUGGUGGCGGUCACGGAAAUAAUGGUCAUGGUCAUGGAAGCCACGAAGUGAACGGUAGCGGUCACGGAAAUAACGGUCAUGGUCAUGGAAGCCACGAACAUGGAAGCCACGAAGUGAAUGGCGGCGGUCACGGAAAUAAUGGUCAUGGACAUGGAAGUCACGAACAUGGAAGCCAUGAAGUCAAUGGUGGCGGUCACGGAAAUAAUGGUCAUGGUCAUGGAAGUCACAAACAUGGAAGCCAUGAAGUGAACGGUGGCGGUCACGGAAAUAAUGGUCAUGGUCAUGGAAGUCACGAACAUGGAAGCCACGAAGUGAAUGGCGGCGGUCACGGAAAUAAUGGUCAUGGACAUGGAAGUCACGAACAUGGAAGCCAUGAAGUCAAUGGUGGCGGUCACGGAAAUAAUGGUCAUGGUCAUGGAAGUCACGAACAUGGAAGCCACGAAGUGAAUGGCGGCGGUCACGGAAAUAAUGGUCAUGGACAUGGAAGUCACGAACAUGGAAGCCACGAAGUGAAUGGCGGCGGUCACGGAAAUAGUGGUCAUGGUCAUGGAAGUCACGAACAUGGAAGCCAUGAAGUGAAUGGCGGCGGUCACGGAAAUAAUGGUCAUGGACAUGGAAGUCACGAACAUGGAAGCCAUGAAGUCAAUGGUGGCGGUCACGGAAAUAAUGGUCAUGGUCAUGGAAGUCACGAACAUGGAAGCCACGAAGUGAAUGGCGGCGGUCACGGAAAUAAUGGUCAUGGACAUGGAAGUCACGAACAUGGAAGCCAUGAAGUCAAUGGUGGCGGUCACGGAAAUAAUGGUCAUGGACAUGGAAGUCACGAACAUGGAAGCCACGAAGUGAAUGGCGGCGGUCACGGAAAUAAUGGUCAUGGACAUGGAAGUCACGAACAUGGAAGCCAUGAAGUGAACAGUGGCGGUCACGGAAAUAGUGGUCAUGGUCAUGGAAGUCACGAACAUGGAAGCCAUGAAGUGAACGUUGGCGGUCAUGGAAAUAAUGGUCACGGUCAUGGAAGCCACGAACUUGGAAGCCAUGAAGUGAAUAUUGGCGGUCACGAAAAUAAUGGUCAUGGUCAUGGAAGUCAUGAACAUGGAAGCCAUGAAGUCAAUGGUGGCGGUCACGGAAAUAACGGUCAUGAACAUGGAAGUCACGAACAUGGAAGCCACGAAGUGAAUGGCGGCGGUCACGGAAAUAAUGGUCAUGGACAUGGAAGUCACGAACAUGGAAGCCACGAAGUGAAUAUUGGCGGUCACGGGGAUAAUGGUCAUGGUCAUGGAAGUCACGAACAUGGAAGCCAUGAAGUGAGCGGUGACGGUCACGGAAAUAAUGGUCAUGGUCAUGGAAGUCACGGACAUGGAAGCCAUGAAGUGAACGUUGGCGGUCAUGGAAAUAAUGGUCACGGUCAUGGAAGCCACGAACUUGGAAGCCAUGAAGUGAAUAUUGGCGGUCACGAAAAUAAUGGUCAUGGUCAUGGAAGUCAUGAACAUGGAAGCCAUGAAGUCAAUGGUGGCGGUCACGGAAAUAACGGUCAUGAACAUGGAAGUCACGAACAUGAAAGCCACGAAGUGAAUGGCGGCGGUCACGGAAAUAAUGGUCAUGGACAUGGAAGUCACGAACAUGGAAGCCACGAAGUGAAUAUUGGCGGUCACGGGGAUAAUGGUCAUGGUCAUGGAAGUCACGAACAUGGAAGCCAUGAAGUGAGCGGUGACGGUCACGGAAAUAAUGGUCAUGGUCAUGGAAGUCACGGACAUGGAAGCCAUGAAGUGAACGGUGGCGGUCACGGAAAUAAUGGUCAUGGUCAUGGAAGUCACGAACAUGGAAGCCAUGAAGUCAACGGUGGCAAUCACGGAAAUAAUGGUCAUGGUCAUGAAAGCCACGAACAUGGAAGCCAUGAAGUAAACGUUGGCGGUCACGGAAAUAAUGGCCAUGGGCAUGGAAGUCACGAACAUGAAAACCUUGAAGUCAAUAGCGGCGGUCACGGAAAUAAUGGUCAUAGCCAUGGAAGUCACAAACAUGGAAGCCACGAAGUUGACACAAACGACGUCACUACUAUUGAAAUAAACGACUGUGAUCAAACUGUAGUCAAAACUGAACAUGAACACAAUAGUUAUGAAUUAGAUGUUCAAGAACACGACAACAAGAAUGUGAACAUACAUAUGAAUGAUAAUAAUCAGAAAAAUAUGCAUGUCACUGAUAGUGACAUCUCAAGUGUAGAUAUUCACAAAACUGCUAGUGAAGGAAAAGAAAGCUCAAAUGUUUAUGAAAGCGACAGUUCCAGUUUAAAUGUUCAUGAAAGCGAAAGCUCAAGUGUUCAGCAAAGUGACAGUUCCACUCUAGGUGUACGGAUAAGCGAUAGCUCGAAUGUUUACGAAAGUGAAAGCUCAAGUUCAGAUGUUCAGGAAAACGAAAAAUCAGUCUACGAAAGUGAUAGCUCUAGAUUAUAUGCUAAGGAAGACGAAAGCUCAAAUGUUCACGAAAGUGAUAGCUACAGCAUAGAUGUUCAAGACACCGUAAGCUCUAAUAUUCACGAAAAUGAAAGUUCUAGUUUAAAUAUUGAAGACAGCGAAAGUUUAGUUCAAGAGAGCGAUAGCUCCAAUUUAGGUGUUCCGAAAAGCGAGAGCUCAAAUGUUCACAAGAGUGAGAGCUCUAGUUUAAAUAUUCAGGAAAGCGAAGGGUCACCUAUUCAUGAAAGUGAUAGUUCUAGUUCAGAUAUUCAGGAAAGCUCUAAUGUCCACGAAAGUGAAAGCUCCAGUUUAAAUGUUCAGGAGCACGAAAGCUCUAGCUCAAAUGUUUAUAAAAGUGAGAGCUCCAGUUCAACUGUUCACAAAAGUGAAAGCUCAAGUUCGAAUAUUUAUGAACAUUCAAGUUAUGACAAAUCUAGUUACGAUCAUUCUAGCUAUGAUCAUGAAAGUUAUGAAGUAGAUUUUGAUGACUUAGACUCAGACAUCAGUACAGAAACUGUCGGACUUAAAUUGUAA